GCUAUUGGCCCCGAAGAAGAAAAAAAGGCAUUCUCAGGAAGAUCAUAGUUUUAUGUUCGAACAAGUUGUGUCGUGUCAUUUCGAAAACUCGCGUUUAACAUAAACACAAAGGGAGCGUCGGCUUUUGUUAUUGUCGUGUUGGGACUGGUUUAGCUCUGCCGCUGAUUAGCUCAUCGUCUAAAUUAGCUAAUAGGGUGCUAAGUGCUGUGUGUGUGUAAAUGUCGCGCCGCUCUAGCGUCAACUCUUGUAAAUGUUCGCUAAAGAUACACCCGCUAAUGGUUGAGUUCUCCGCAUAAGCAGGCGGGUGAACGCAGUCGGACAGCAAAUGGCUGAAAUGUCGUAAAAAUGACAGCGAGCCGUGUUGUGGCCUGCCACUCGACCACAGAUGUUACCUGCGUGCCCUGCUCUGUUAGCCACGUAAACUGCUUCUGAUCGGCGUUGACGUAGCAGCAGCGAACAACUCGCUCGCCUGUCAGUUGGGAGUGUGACGCUCUUUUACAAAUAAAGACAGAAGACCAAUACUUUCCUCAGGCGCUGACAAACACUAACGAACUGAGCGAGCCAGAAUGCGAUAGCUGGAAGCGGACGUGCGGCUCUUUGCAUUUAGCGGAGGAUGAAGCGAGUCUUCUGGCUAUUAACAGGAUUAAACAGAAGAAUGGUGAAAUUACUUUUUGCCAUCGCCUUGGUUGCCUACAUUGCUUCUGUAUGGGGAACAUAUACAAACAUGAGAUCAAUAAAAGAAAACGGAGAAAUGAUUGAUCAGAAGAUUGAUGAAGCUGUGGCUCCCCUCCGCGAGAAGAUUCGUGACUUGGAGCAGAGUUUUUCUCAAAAAUACCCACCUGUGAAAUUUCUGUCAGAGAAGGAUCGAAAGAGAAUUCUGAUUACUGGUGGUGCGGGUUUCGUAGGUUCCCACCUGACUGACAAGCUGAUGAUGGAUGGCCACGAAGUGACUGUGGUGGACAACUUUUUCACCGGGAGAAAAAGGAAUGUGGAGCACUGGCUUGGCCAUGAAAACUUUGAGCUCAUCAAUCACGAUGUAGUGGAGCCGCUCUACAUUGAGGUGGAUCAGAUCUACCACCUGGCCUCUCCAGCCUCUCCUCCCAAUUACAUGUAUAACCCAAUCAAAACCCUUAAGACCAACACCAUCGGUACUCUCAACAUGCUUGGCUUGGCCAAACGAGUGGGCGCCAGGCUCCUCUUGGCUUCUACCUCUGAAGUUUAUGGAGACCCUGAGGUACACCCCCAAAAUGAAGAGUAUUGGGGCCACGUAAACCCAAUCGGGCCUCGAGCCUGCUACGACGAAGGGAAACGUGUCGCCGAAACCAUGUGUUACUCCUACAUGAAGCAGGAAGGAGUGGAGGUGAGAGUGGCGAGAAUCUUCAACACGUUCGGCUCCCGAAUGCACAUGAACGAUGGGAGAGUUGUCAGUAACUUCAUCCUGCAGGCUCUCCAGGGAGAACCACUCACUGUUUAUGGCACUGGUUCCCAAACGAGAGCCUUCCAGUAUGUAAGUGACCUGGUCAACGGCCUGGUGUUGUUGAUGAACAGUAACAUCAGCAGUCCAGUCAAUCUGGGGAACCCAGAGGAGCACACCAUACUGGAGUUCGCUCAGCUCAUCAAAAGUCUAGUUGUGAGCAAAAGUCAGAUCCAAUUCCUUCCCGAGGCCCAGGAUGACCCACAGAGGAGGAGGCCUGACAUCCGAAAAGCCAAGAUGAUGCUGGGCUGGGAACCAGUGGUGCCCCUGGAGGAGGGCCUAAAGAAAACGGUCCAGUAUUUCAGCAGGGAGCUGGGGCACCAGGCCAACAAUCAGUACAUCCCCAAACCCAAAGCGGCCCGCAUGAAGAAAGGCCGACCGAGACACAUUUGAGCAGGACCUAUUUUUCAUUUUUGAAGUGUGUACAGAGGUGCAUUCUCGGAUAUUUAUUGCGAUAAGACUUUGAUUGUUGCCUUGAUAAGGAGUUGCAAGUUGCACUGUGAGGCCUCUCGCCUGAGCUUUUUAGGUUGGACAAGCCAAUUAUUUAAAACACAGCCUACAGCAUCUUUGUUUUCCAUUUCUUUUGGUGUUUUUUUUGUUUGUUGUUGUUAAUUUGUGCUUAAGCCAUAUAAAACUGUUGACGCGCUUUAGUGCUUAUGUGUUUUUUUUGUUGUUUUUUUAAAAUAGAUUUAUCAAAGAAGAGUCAUUCUCGUUUGGUGGCGAAGAAAAGACUUAUUGUGACACCGUGCUUCACUGGGGGGGACAUCUCGUGUGAGGAUGUGCAUUAUUCAUAUCAGGUGAAGAUGGUUAUUUUCAUAAAAUAUUUAUUCAUUAACUCAUGGUGGUACAAGAACAUGUGGCACAACCUUGUUCUUUAAUGUCACUGACCUCUGAACUUUUUUUUUUUUUUUUUUUUUUAAUUUACACAGUCUUUAUAUAAGGCCUUUUCACUGGCUGCAUAUUCAUAUACGAAGUGCAUAAAGACAACAUUGCAGAAUGCAUGAGCGCCUUCAGAUUUUUGUCUCCACGUGAUUUAUCAUAGAUUGUGCCAUUUAGAAAUGCUGACCUUAUAUUGCUAUACUUACAGUAUAUACAACACGUUGGUUGUCUGAAGACCAAUUAAACAAAAAAAAUAUUUUUCAUCCUCAAUUCAUUUUGUUAAAAGCCACAGCUUUUUUUUCCCCCUACAAAAAAUAAGCAUGGUAAAGCAGAAUAAAAGUCAAGACUCCACUCAAUAACAAUAACAUGGAAAAUGAAAUUAAAUAACCAUUCUUAUCCCCCUUCAGAUUUUUUAUUUUUUUUGCCUUUCAGCCACUGGCCAGUACAGACGUUUUUUUUUGUGUGUGGCUUAUUUUGGAUAUCAGCAAUGCAUUAUAGGGGAAAUGGUGGGAGGAGAUCUUGAAAUUAUUUGAAAGUAAAAGACCCGACGGCAUAUUUUAUUUCCUUAUUUAAAGUGUUGCAGUUUAAGGCAUCUGUUGAUGAGGAAGUAAUCAGGUGAUCAUUUUUUUUGUAAAUAGUGCUAUUGCUUUUCCUUUUAGUUCCUUUUGGUGUGGCCAGUUUUAGGAGGUAAAUGUUUACAGUCUAUAGCAAAGAAAAACAACAAAAAGCAAAUUCUCCCCUUUUCAAUUCAGUGUUGCUUAUUCAAGUUACCAGUGAUUCAGAUGGGAAGUGAUGGGGAUUAAAAUCGAUUGUGAGGGGAAGAUUUUUUUAGUUUGGUUUUAACCCUUUCACUUUAGCUGGUCGUACUAUCUCUGCUGAAAAGGUAAUGUGAUGAAAAUCCUAAUUGAAUUGUUUUUGGUAUUUUUGAAUAAGUGGCAGAUUUCUGUACUUUUCCAAAUAAAAACCCACAGCUUCUGCUCAGAAUGUU